AUGCUGCUUUCUCUACUCGUUUUAAAGUGUAGUGCAAACUCGACCGGUGCCCCAUGUUCCGAAUGCGCCCUCCACGGCCGCGAUUGCAUCAUCGACGAGUAUGCCGACAAACGUCGUAAGGUUGCGCGGGAUCGCGUCCAGGAGGAGUUAGCGUACUAUCGUGAAUUUGUGCAGCAGCUGCUGGCAGCCAUUCGGCAUGGCAAGCGUACAGACGUCGACGCCAUUAUCCAUGUCAUCCGGUCGGGAGCCUCACUCGAGAAGAUACAUUUGAUCGUCGCCCAAUCACUGAGUCAUACAAACGGGGCCGAUGGCCUUGAGAUUACGAUCCCCGUUCUGACGAAAGAACCGGACACGGUAUCUGGGAACUCGUCUCCCGAUAAAGAGUCGAAUGAAGUAUCUCGGAACUCCUCUCUCGAUGUGAAAGAGCCGGAUGGCGUAUCUGCGGAAGCGUCUCCCGGUGUCAACGAGCCGAAUGGCGUACCUGUGAAAUCAUCUCCCGAUGCUGGACUGAGUGCGAUCCUGAAUAAAGAUUUGUGA